AUCAAAACUAUUGUCUUAUCAUUAAUCAAUCUUAACUCAGCUUUUGCUUGUAGCUAACGAUCAUUGAAUAAAUGACGUAUACGGUACUCGGUUGUUUGCUAAAAAGCGAUGCCACAUUAUUGAUAGAGCAUGAACUUUAAAUGUCAUGGGUGAAGGCAACCAAAGGUAUAUAGUGCAAGUAUUUGUGGGAGCUUUAUCACAAUGCUACGAAGCACUUAGUGUAGAAGCUAGCAAACAAACUACUUCUGAUGAGAUUGUCAGCUGUAUAGUCGAAAGACUUUCUUUAUCAGGAGGUUGUGGAAACAGUUAUAGUGGUGGAUUUGAACUCGCUGAGGUGGUUGGUGAUGCUCUUGGUCGAGAAUGUAAAGAACGCAGACUUGGUCCUACAGAAUGUCCUGUAGCUGUCAUGCUUUUAUGGCCUCAACCUCGUAGGCAUACUCAACAAGAAGAAUAUUAUAGAUUUUAUUUAAGAGAAAAACUAUCUGAUAGUUUAUGGUCUGAUGGUUUUACUAUGGACCCACAACUUAUAAGGGACUAUUUCUAUAGAUUUCUGUAUCAACCCCAAGAUCGAGAGUAUCCAGACCUUUGUCAACUUCCUGAUCUCAAUGAACAAACACUUUUAGACAAUCUCAGAGCUAGAUUUUUGGCUGGGCAUAUUUAUACAUAUGUUGGUUCUAUUUUAAUUGCAGUUAAUCCUUUUAAGUUCCAUCCCAUUUAUAAUCCAAAGUAUGUUAAACUUUAUCAAAACCAAAGGCUUGGUACAGAGCUGCCUCCUCAUAUAUUUGCCAUUGCUGACGCUGCAUAUCAUUGUAUGCUAAGGGAAAGACGUAAUCAAUGCAUAGUGAUAAGUGGAGAAAGUGGUAGUGGCAAAACAGAAUCUACUAAUUUUCUUUUACAUCAUCUUACUGCUCUAAGUCAAAAAGGUAGUCAUGGUAGUGGAGUAGAACAAACUAUACUUAGUGCUGGUCCAGUAUUAGAAGCAUUUGGUAAUGCGAAGACUGCCCAUAAUAAUAACUCUAGUAGGUUUGGUAAAUUUAUUCAAGUUAAUUAUAAAGAAAAUGGGAUGGUACAUGGUGCGGUUGUUCAAAAAUAUCUUUUAGAAAAAUCCAGAAUUUGUUCUCAAGGACAAAAUGAACGUAAUUAUCAUGUGUUUUAUUAUCUUUUAAACGGAGCAAGUGAUUUGGAGAAAGAAUCACUACAUUUACAUCGUGUAGAAUAUUAUAAUUAUUUGAAUGGAAGUGGCUGUUAUACUUUAAGGAAUUUAGAUGAAAAGUAUGAAUUCUCUAGGUUAAAACAAUCUAUGGAAAUGGUUGGUUUUACCCCAGAGAAACAACGUAGAUUAUUUGCAGUUCUUUCAGCAGUUUUAUUAUUAGGUAAUGUUGAUUUUCAACCUCGAAAAUCUGCAUACCAUCAUGACGAAGCGGUUGCUGUACGUAACCCUGAAAUAGUUUUUUUAAUAUCACAACUUCUUAGAGUAAAACAAGAAACUCUUUUAGCUGCUUUAACUGCAAAACGUGCUAAAGCAUCUGGGGAAACAUUAGUUAUUAAUUACAAAUUACCAGAGGCUGUAGCAGCUAGAGAUGCGAUGGCAAAAUGUCUAUAUGGAGCUUUAUUUGAUUGGAUUGUACUACAAGUAAACCAUGCUUUACUUUCUAAAAAAGAUACUUUAAGAGAUCACCAAGGAAAUUCAAUCGGAGUGUUAGAUAUAUUUGGAUUUGAAGAUUUUGGGGCUUCCAAUAGUUUUGAACAAUUUUGCAUUAAUUAUGCAAAUGAACAUCUUCAGUAUUAUUUCAAUCAACAUGUGUUUAAAUAUGAACAAGAAGAAUAUCGUAAAGAAGGAAUUAAGUGGAGUGAUAUAGACUUUCUUGAUAAUACUGGAUGUUUGCAGAUGAUUGAAGGCAAACCUAAUGGUUUGUUGUGUGUUUUAGAUGAUCAAUGCAAUUUUCCUGGCUCAUCUUCAGAUACACUUUUACAAAAAUUUAAUUCUGUUCAUAAGGAAAAUAAGUUUUAUGAAAUGCCACAACGUAAAGAAAAUGCUUUUAUUGUUAAACAUUAUGCUGGAAGAGUUAAAUAUCAAGUUUUUGAAAUGAGAGAAAAAAAUUUAGAUCUUAUGCGGCAAGAUAUUGUUGGCGUGUUAAAAAACAGUAGCAUGGCAUUUGUUCGAGAACUUGUUGGUGCAGAUCCUGUUGCUGUGUUUCGUUGGGCUAUUGUAAGAGCAUUUUUUAGGGGUUAUUUUUCAUUUCAAGAAGCUGGUCGUAGACAUAGACAAAGCCGAGUUGAUGGUGUAAAAGCAUCUAGUAUUUCUUUACGUUUUCGAAACAGCUUACAAAAUGAUAGUUUAAUCAGGUACACUUCAAAAUUUCCUAAAACUUCCACAUCUUAUGGAGGUGGAUAUGUUCUUAAUGUGGGCAAAAAAUUAUCAUCUAUCCCAAACAACGAACAAAAUACAUAUAAAAAUCAAUCGGUUUUCAAUAAAUUAACCAACUUAGAAACUUUUAAUUCUAAUAAAAAUAUUAAUAAAGAAGAUUUAAAAACUCUCUCUGAUUGCAAAUCUGCUGAUGAAGAUAAAGUCAUUGAACGAGCUACGCAAAUUGUUAUGAAAAAUAAAUCUUUUAGACCAAAAGAUCGUGGUAAUAAAGGGUUAAAAAAUCUUCAAAGUGUAAAAACACUUGCUGGACGAAUACAAAUACAGGGUUCAAUUAGCAGUAAAGCACGUAAACAGCCACUUACUGUUACUGCUCAAUUCCAAAUGUCUUUAAAUAGUCUUAUGGAAACUCUUAAUCAAGCUAAUCCAUUUUUUAUUCGAUGUAUUAAAAGCAAUAGUAAUAAAGUUGCAAAUAUGUUUGAUCAUGAUACGGUUCAAAGACAAUUACGAUAUACAGGAAUGUUAGAAACUGUUAGAAUUCGUCAAGCUGGGUAUAAUGUACGACUUAGUUAUGAAGAAUUUGUACAACUUUAUCGAAUAUUAUUACCCAAAGGACUAAAUAGUAAUCCUCAGGAUGUACGAAACUUUUUGCAAACAUUAAAUUUAGAUCGAGAAAAUUAUCAAAUUGGUGAGUCCAAGGUAUUUUUACGUGAAUGUGAAAAAUCAAAACUAGACUAUAGACUUCACCAACAAAUAAUGGCAAGUAUUGUAACUAUACAACGUUGGUUUCGGACAUUAUUACAAAGGAGACAGUUUCUCAGGAUUACGUGGGCUACAGAAACAUUACAAUCUUGGUGGAGAAUGAUUUUAGCUCAAAGAUUAGUUAACAAAAUGAGAAUGGAUGAAUCAGCUGCUGUUUAUAUACAAUCGGUAUGGCGGAAACACAGAGUAUCAAGUUGGUAUAAGAAUUUACGACAAAGCGUUAUUACACUACAAGCUCAUUCUCGAGGUUAUUUAGCACGGCAAAAAUUUACAAAACUAAAAAAUACUAGAAAGAGUAUAUCAGCACCACAAAUUACCAAUUCCAAAGAAUCUAGUCAAGAGGAAUUGCAUGACUCUGAUAGUGGAGGUACAAAAGGAGACAGUGAAUCGGAGGCUGACCCAUUCAUACAAUCUAAAACAACCAAUAACAUUAAAGAUGAUAAAUUUAAAGUCCCUAAAAGGAAAGUUUCAGCUCGCCGUUUAAGAAUAGAAUCCAAUCCAACUGAUGUACUCAAAGAAUGUUCUGUUAAAACUGAUGGACCAACUCUUGAAGGAACUGCAUUUAGUGAUAGUGAGUUAGAUGACACUCAUAUGAAACCACCAGUUGUUUGGAGACGAAGAGAGCGAACUAGUGACUCAUCUAACAAACGAACUUUACUAACUAGAACUCCACAUGUCACUUCUGAACCAAUAGCUCCUUUACGAUUAUUGAAUCGUUUGCGUGUGUCUAAUACUGAACCAGCACCUGAAUCUUCCAUUUUAAAUGAUAAUGAAUUAAAAAGAAGAAAUAGUGAUGGUUCAACUACACACACAGAAAAAAUAGAAGAACCUAAAUUGACAUAUUCACCAUCUUACGAACUUUUGGAAUGGAAAGGCACAACCAUGUUUACAAUAGCUGGACACCGUUUUAGGAAAUUAGGACGAUUUACUCCCCAAGAUAAAUGUACUUACUGUAAUAAAUUAAUGGAUGCAUUCUUAACUCAAGGGCACAAAUGUUCAGAUUGUAAAAAAUUAUUUCAUACUAAAUGCAUUCAAAAUGGUGGUGUACUUCAAAUGCCAUGUAUACAACAAAAUGGAGGUAAUCGACCAACUAAUCGGCGGAAACAUAGAAAACCUGCAUCUGCUGGAAAUAAAGCUCAUAUAACACCAAACCUAGCAAAUAAUCAAAACAACUCUACAAUAGGAAAAUUCAGUUUAACUGGUACAUCAGAAUUCACUGAUCGUACCGACAAGAUUAUAUCUGAUGUACGUGAACUGAAAAUGAUGCAAGAUUUCAUAACCAAAAAGUUAUACAAAAUUGAGCGCGAAGAAGUUAAAAAACCAUCUCAAGUUGAUAGAAUAUUUAAACAAGCUUUACGUGAAUUUAAAGAAAACCUAUUAGCAACUUACAGUGUGGCUAACAAGCAAGGGAAUGGCCAAGUACUCAAUAUUAAAUACAAAGAUUUAAUUGCGAACUUUUUACAUGUUAUUGAGACUGUAUGUGGAAAUGAGAAAAUUCAAGAUGAUUUUCCAGUGACACUAUGUGUUAAUGCAUUUCGAGGUUUUCUGAAUGAGUUUAUGAAUCAAAAUCGUGUAGACACAGAAAAGCCUAGUAAAACAAAACGUAAAAAAGAGAAAAAACAGAAGUCUGAAGACCAUAUUAAUCAUGGUGGACAUGUGUUACAAAUGAGUAUGAUAAAUAUUCCUACAGCUUGUGAAGUUUGUACUUCAUUCUUUUUGUGGCCAAUUGAAAGGAGUUUGGUUUGUCGAAAUUGUAAAUUGACGUGCCAUAAAAAAUGUUAUUCUCGUGCAAAUCAAGAGUGUUUAAAAGACAUGAACUCUUCUAACAUGCAAUCAAAAAGUAUGAUUAAAGGAAAAGUUUUUGGACGUCCUUUAGGAGAACUUGAUCUAAGCAUGGGUAAAGUGCCAGCUGUUGUUGAAGGUCUUAUUACUAUUAUAGAAAUGUAUGGAAUGUAUACCGAAGGCAUUUACCGUAAACCUGGUCUUACCACUCGUGUAAAUGAACUUAAAGAAAUUAUUGAUAACAGUGAUGUAAGCAAAAUUGAGUUGGAGAAAUAUCAGGUUCAUGUGUUAGCUAGCGUAUUGAAAUCAUUUUUACGAGAAAUGCCUGAACCAUUAUUAACAUUUGAUUGUUACGACGAUUUUAUUCGUGCUGCUAGUCUCUCGGAAGAUCGUGUUUCUACAUUGUUUAAUAUUUUAAAAAAAUUACCAAAGGUCAAUUAUGAUCUAAUGGAAAGACUUGUUUUUCAUCUUGCAAGAGUUGCAUUGCACGAAAAUGUUAACCGUAUGAAUGCUAGUUCAUUGGCAAUUGUAUUUGCACCAUGUGUAUUAAGAACAAAUAAAUUAGUUCCUGCACAAGAAUCGCUGAGAGAUAUUGAACAACAAACACUUUGUAUUAGCUCUAUUAUUAGCCAUCAAAUGGAUAAGAUCAAAUCAACAUUAGCUGACAUUGAUACCUUAGACACUGCUCAUCACACAGCUUCACAUAGAUUGUCCUCAUUACGUAUUUCAAAAGUUUAUGGACCAACUGAAGGUCCAAGUAAAAUGGAUGAAGAAGAAAAAUUGUUGGUUGGACAGAUUCAAGAAAUUAAGAAAGAGAAAGACUUUUUAACAUCUAAUUUACCAAGUUUACGGCGUACAAAUUCAGAUGACGAUCUUUUAUCAACUGAUGACGGAAGUUUAGAUGAUGUAGAUGCAACUACUCUUGGUUGUCGGAAAGCCAAACUAAAGAAUACUACAAAAAAAGCCAAACGUUCAAACAAUAAUACAUUGGAUAGUGAUGAAGAUCCAAUAAUGGUUUGAAAAUAAAAAAUGUAUUUCUUUAUAAUGCAUUUAAAAAAAUACAUUAAACUUUUUUAGAAAAAUGUUUAAUGUAAAUAUUUUAUUAUUUAAGACUUAAUGAAAUACUUAAGUUGUCCCAAAGGCUGUUACUUUUGUAUAACUUUGUUAUUUUGUAAUAUAUAUUUUUCCAUUGUAUGUUGGUUAGUCGGUGCUAUGUUAUUGUUAUUUUAUUAUUUUUUUAAUUACUAUUAAUUUUUUUUAGUAGCCUUUAAAAAAAAAAAAAAUCGUUUUUCAACGUGUAAAGACUGUUACUCAGAUUAGAGUUGUGGUUAUUUAAUACUUCUGUUCUUUGUUAAUAGUCCUAUAAAACUCCAUUUAUGUAGUUGAUAUCACAAAUUAAUUUUUUCUGUUACAUAAAUGUGAAUUAUUUUAAUUUAAUUUGACAAC